AUUGGCUCGCAAAAGAUAAAUAUGGCGACCAUCAGCUGUUAGUUUCACGCCGGACACGUAAACAAAGUACGGAAACAUGAAGUGUUCAAAAAGAAUAGUAAUAGUAUGUGUUAUAGGAGCAAUAUGUGUUGUUCAUUCGGUAGAGGCUCAAGCACGGAAAAAAGAGGCUCUCAGUCUGGGAGAGAGGGUUCAACAACUGACUGAUAUGAAUCUCAAGAGAUCUGUCAUACGAUUCAAUGGAAACAGAUUUCGAGAUUUUGUUAAAGCAACGCCUCGAAAUUAUUCUGUAAUUGUCAUGUUUACAGCAAUGGCACCACAGAGACAAUGUGCAAUUUGCAGGCAUGCCAAUGAUGAAUUCCAAAUUGUUGCAAACUCUUUCCGUUAUUCACAGAUCUAUUCGAAUAAGCUGUUCUUUGCCUUAGUAGAUUUUGAUGAAGGUCCAGAUGUGUUUCAAAUGCUGCGUCUGAAUACAGCUCCUGUAUUUAUGCAUUUUCCACCCAAAGGCAAACCUAAGCAGAGUGAUACAAUGGAUAUUCAACGAGUUGGUUUUGCUGCAGAAGCAAUAGCUAAGUGGAUUGGUGAAAGGACAGAUAUUCAGAUUCGGGUGUUUAGGCCACCAAAUUACUCUGGUACCGUUGCACUAGUAUUACUAUCUGCUCUAGUUGCAGGAUUUAUCUAUUUGCGACGUAACAACCUAGACUUUCUUUACAAUAAAAACUGUUGGGCAGUUAUUGCUGUGUCAUUUUGUUUCGCAAUGGUUUCCGGACAAAUGUGGAACCAUAUACGGGGCCCUCCAUUUGUUCAUAAAACAUCAUCUGGAGGUGUGGCAUAUAUUCAUGGCUCUUCCCAGGGACAGUUUGUGCUUGAGACGUACAUCGUUAUGCUUUUGAAUGCAUUUGUGGUCUUAGGCAUGGUGCUCAUAACAGAAGCAGCAGUGCAGAAAGGAGAUGUUCGAAAACGAAGAAUUAUUGCAAUAGGUGGUCUCGUUAUUGUUGCAGCUUUCUUCAGUUUAAUUUUGUCUAUGUUUAGAUCAAAGGCUCAUGGAUACCCAUACAGCUUCCUCUUCAAGUGAAAGCUGCAAGAGGAUUUUUUCAAAAUAAUUAACUGGGCACCUACACAACUUACCUGGCAUGUGACAAAAUUAAGUGACAGUACAUGAUAACACUGGCCUAAAUUAAGCUGAAAUGUAUAAAUUCUGGAUAUGACGGAGUUUUCACCACACAACCAUAUUACUACUAUUGUGACAUACAUGGUUAUAUGGUUUUUUUUGUUAUGCAUUUUUAAGUAUUACUGAAGUCUUUCAUUGUUAAGUUAUUUAAAAAAUCUUUGUUAGAAAGCCAAUAAACUGUAUACCUGUUGACAGAGA